AUGCACGAAGACAUAUGCAUCCUUGGAUUGGACAAACUCACAUCCCUUAUAGUACUCCCGUUCCAUCGAAAAUGGUACACUGACGACUUUAUUGAAUCAGAGGACAGUGUCAUAAGGACCUUAAACUGCAGUGUGCUUGAACUAGCCCCCUGCUCUGUUGGGAUCCUUAUUAAUUGUGGUCAUUUAGGCCGCCCAAUGUUUUCAUUACAGUCAUCCAAUGCUGUUGCCAUGAUCUUUUUAGGAGGUAAUGAUGAUCGAGAGGCACUAAUUUUUGCCAAGCGCAUGGCCAAUCACUCGAAAAUUAUCCUGACUGUGGUUCACCUUGUUGUCGCUGGAAAUGAAGGUGAUACCCACUCGGACAAAUUGCUUGACAAUGAAAUACUAAAGGAUGUUAAACUUAACAAUGUGGACGAUGAAUAUGUGAUAUUCCUAGAAGUAAUGGUGAAAGAUGGGCCUCAGACAACAUUAAUAGUUCAGUCUAUGAUGGUUCUCAUAUUUACCCUGACCAAAGCCUCCCAUUACAUUCUUAAGCGUCAUGGAGUCCCCAUGUUCACCACACAACUUCUUGUCGGCAUAAUCCUUGGUCCGUCUCUUCUUGGACGCCUCAAAAUAUUUGAAAGUGUUUUCUUCUCGAUUAAAAGUCAAGAAAUUAUUAGUACAUUGUCUGUCUUUAGUUACAUGCUCUUUCUAUUUGGGAGUGGAGUGAAAAUGGAUAUAGGAAUGAUAAAAAGAACAGGAAGAAAAGCCUUGUUUACUGGUGCUACAAGCAUAUUGGUGCCUUUGCUAAUUGGCUUGUUAGUCGAAAUGCAACUUAAAACAUUGUGGCUGGAGGAAAACACAUAUACAACUCUAUUCUUAACAGCAACACAUUGUAUAAGUCCAUUUCCAGUCCUUGCUUGCCUUCUUGAGGACCUCAAUAUCCUAAAUUCUGAACUAGGUCAAUUAGCCCUGUCUGCAGCAAUGGUAAGCAAUACCUUAAGCCUCAUGAUUAUCAUCGGCGUCAACUUGAUUAUAAUUAGCAAGAGUCAAGGUAGUAUGCUUGCCGCUAUAAGUUUAGGAUCAAUCAUCAUUUAUUGUUUCAUCCUUGCAUUUGUAAUUCGACCAGCAAUGUUUUGGGUAAUCAGGCAGACACCGGAAGGCAUGCGUGUCAAAGACACAUACAUUCAUACCAUCUUGCUAAUGGUUCUGGGCUCUGGGUAUCUUUCUGAUUUAAUUGGUCAGAGUUUAGUCAUUGGACCUUUCAUGCUCGGUAUGGCAAUACCAGAUGGACCGCCUUUAGGAUCAGCCAUUGUCAACAAGUUGAACUCCUUCACUUGGGAUGUGUUUAUGCCAAUCUUGGUAACUACUUGUGGGAUGAGAACAGAUCUGAGUUUAAUCAAAUUCGAUAACAGCCUCGUGGCAAUCCAUGGAAUCAUCAUUGUUUUGAUUGUUGUGGCCAAAGUGGGGGCUUCUUUGAUUCCUCCCUUAUUCUCCAAAAUGCCCUUAAAUGAUUCUCUGGCACUUGCUCUUUUAUUGAGUUGCAAAGGUGUAGUCCAACUUUUUGAGUAUACAGCUCUCAGAGAUACCGAGACCAUAUCAGACCAGGUGUUCGCUUUGUCAAGUGUUAGCGUCCUAGUGACUGCAUUUUUCUGGCCACUCCUCGUGAAGAUGUUGUACCAUCCUUCAAGAAAAUAUGCAGGUUACCGAAAAAGGGAUAUUAUGCAUUGCAAAGACAACGAAGAGCUACGAAUCCUAGUGUGCAUUCAUAGGGCAAAUAAUAUUGAUGCUGUGACCAAACUACUUGAAGUCUCGUGUCUCUCUAAAGAAAAGCCCCUUGUUGUUUAUGUGCUUCACCUUAUCGAGUUAAUUGGGCGAGCCUCACCUAUUUUUAUUUCCCACCAAAUGCAAAAAAAGACUAUGUCAAAUAGUACUUCCUAUUCAGAGAAUGUCAUUCUCUCAUUCAAUCACUUUGAAAAACACAAUCAGGAUACUGUAUCAGUAAAUGUCUUCACGGCAAUUUCUCCCCUCAAGUCCAUGCAUGAAGACAUAUGCACCCUUGGAUUGGACAAACUCACGUCCCUCAUAGUACUCCCGUUCCAUCGAAAAUGGUCCACUGGCGAUUCUGUUGAAUCAGAGGACAGUGCCAUAAGGAGCUUAAAUUGCAGUGUUCUUGAACUAGCCCCCUGCUCUGUUGGGAUCCUUAUUGAUCGUGGUCAUUUAGGCCGCUCAAUGUUUUCAUCACAGUCAUCCUAUUCUGUUGCCAUGAUCUUCUUAGGAGGUAAUGAUGAUCGAGAGGCGCUAAUUUUUGCCAAGCGCAUGGCCAAUCACUCAAAAAUUAUCCUAACUGUGGUUCACCUUGUUGCUGCUGAAAAUGAAGGUGAUACCCAUUGGGACAAAUUGCUUGACAAUAAAUUACUUACGGAUAUUAAACUGAACAACGUGGGCAGUGAAUAUGUGAUAUUCCUAGAGGUGAUGGUGAAAGAUGGGCCUCAGACAGUAUUGAGAGUUCGAUCUAUGGUGAACGAAUACGACCUUAUUAUUGUUGGCAGACAACAUAAUGCAAAGUCUCCGCAGACAUCUGGGCUUGCAGAAUGGAGUGAAUUUCCAGAGUUGGGAAUUAUGGGAGACUUGCUUGCCUCAUCUGAUCUUAACAAUAGAACUUCUGUUUUUGUGGUACAACAACAAAAGAAGACCUAG